AUGGGUGAUGAAAGAUGGCGCGGCGGACCCAGUCGCCAAUCGUCGCAGCGUCAAUCCGGCAACCGUGAUCGAGCUGGAGGACAGGGACAAGGACAAGGACAAGGACAAGGGCAAGGGCAAGGGCAAGGGCAGGGCGCUGGCCGCGGUGGAAAUCCUGCUUGGAAUAACAACUCGACUUCUUCGCAGGAUCAGCAUAUCCCCGUGAAGGGGUUCAACGCUGGAGAGGCGAAGAACCUGUUGAAGAAAGACUCGAAAGUUCCCUUUUACAAGCCCACCGGCAAGGAUGCCAAUAACCAGAAAUCUGGAGGACCGUGGGGUGCGAAGGCGAACACAAUGGCCAAUGGAAAGGACUUCUUCGUCGAGCUUCGGAAACAAGUUGCUUCUCUACAGCGAGGCGGUCCUCCCGUUGGUGGCUGA